UAUUCCUCAUCACUCUUCUUCAGAGUACUACCACACACAGACAUACCCGCAGAUACAUACAAAGAUCAAGAGGGUCGAGUAAUUAAGUUAAUAAAGAGUACCGAAGAUGGCAACUAAACAAGAAUCUUUAGCCAUCGAAUUCAUAAGCCAACACCUUCUCACAGAUUUUUCUUCCAUUGAAACCAAACCUUCCAGUUAUACUCUUCAUGAAACUGGCCCAUCUCUCUAUACCACCCAACUUCACGACUUUCAAUUCGAGACAAGCCCAAGAACCAUCAACAACCAGACCCAUAAACCGAACUCUACUCUCAACCGUCGUAAACCACCCUUACCGAACCUAUCCGUUUCAAGAACAGUCUCUGGUACGGUGAAGAAGACAGAAGAAGAGGAGAGGCACUACAGGGGAGUCAGGAGGAGGCCAUGGGGAAAAUAUGCCGCAGAGAUUAGGGAUCCGAACAAAAAAGGCUCUAGGAUAUGGCUUGGCACUUACGACAGGGCCGUGGAAGCUGCACGAGCUUACGACCAAGCGGCGUUUCAGUUGCGUGGACGAAAAGCAAUCUUGAAUUUCCCUCUAGAUGUUAGGGCUACGUCAGAGAGUUUUCUUGAGGAAGGGGUCACUGGGAAACGUAAGAGGGUUAAGAGUUCUCCGGCGGUGGAGGAGGACGAGAAGGCGGUAGCGGCUAGGGUUAAAGUUGAGGAAGAAGAGAGUGAUGCGACGGAGGCUGAGGUUGAAGCAGUGCCUUUAACGCCGUCAAGUUGGAUGGGGUUUUGGGAUGUGGGAGCAGGAGACGGGAUUUUCAGCGUUCCUCCGUUAUCUCCGACGUCUCCCAACUUCUCCGUUAUCUCUGUUACUUGAACUUCUCAGUAGUCAACGGUUGAUGACGUUUUCACUUACGUCACUCAAAAUUCCUUUAUUUUUAUAAUAUACAAGUAUAGCAGUAGUGUACAAAUAUCAAAUUAGUAGUUUAGUACCAAUCAUUUCAUUUAUUAAUUUUUUUAUAGGAAAAGUAUGGAUGUUGAAAAAUUAAAUGAUACUUUGUAUUUGUUCAUGUUCUUAUAAAUUCGUUGAUUGUAUAAAAAUAUUCAUGGUCACAUAAGUAGUAAUUUCCCAUUCA